AUGAAGAAGUAUUUUACCAAAGUACCAAAAUCAGCUUUGCUGUCACAUAGUCAACCUAACCAGGAUGCAGAUGCCAACCAUUCAAAAGUACCUCUACAUCCUUCUCAAGAAUUCGAAUUGAGUUCUUUAAAGUAUGAUCCGGGUGAAAGAACUCUAAUCUUGGACUAUCAUCCAAAUCAUCGUGAUGUUAUUAGAAGAGCAUACCUUCAGAAUGGUUCUUGUCAACCUCGGUUUCUACAACAUGAGUAUCCUCAAAUGAAUAUUUCUGGAUUAAUGCGUCGUUUUAAUUCUGAAUGGUUUGAUGAUGUAUAUCAUGAUUGGUUGGAGUAUAGUGUUAGUAAAGAUGCAGUCUAUUGUUUGUAUUGUUAUCUAUUUAAAGACCAUAACACUAAUCAAGCUCGAGGUGAAGUAUUUUCAACUAUUGGGCUUAAGAGUUGGUAG